CCAGGACCCUGCAUUGAUUAUAUCAGGUCUCCCACAGUACACAGAACAUGGAAAUACAAUUAUGUUAGUAAAUAUAAACUGCUAAAUACCUUUUCUCAUCAACAGUUAGAGCAGUCUUUUGACUUCUAUCAGUGUCCCAGCAGAGUACUGGUUAAAGCUUGUAGGACGAGUUUUCUUUCUGCUGUAGGAGGAUGCAGAACCCCUGACCUCUGUCUGGGCAGUGAUGAUUGGCCUUGUGCUGAUCACAUGCACUCUUCCCCCAAAAAAAACUCUCUAGCAAUACACACCAAACUGAGUAUGUUCAGCUUGCCCCCACGGCUGUGUUCUUUCAGCAGAUGGACUGGUGACUAUGGAAGAAGGGGAGGAUCAGAGAAAACAGGAUCAAACAUUUUGUAUACACAAUGCAGAGGAUUGCCCCCCUAGGUUCCACAGUGAGUAUAACCAGCAUGCUUUACUGCAUAUACAGACUGAUUUUACUGUUGUGAGUUUAG